GGCCAUGUUUGAAGUUAACAUGAAAGAAAGAGAUGGUGGGAGUGUUACGAUAAGCAAUUUAACACCCAAGGCAGUGAAGGCUUUUCUAGAUUAUGCUUAUACUGGAAAAACUGAGAUAACAAGUGAUAAUGUGGAAAUGUUCUUUCAGCUGUCCUCCUUUCUUCAAGUUUCACUUCUUUCAAAAGCUUGCAGCGACUUUCUAAUUAAGAAUAUUGAUCUUGUUAACUGUUUGCAACUCUUAUCCAUUUCUGAAAGUUAUGGCUCUACCAAGCUGUUUGAGCGUACACUUGAGUAUGCCCAGCUCCAUUUUUCCUUGCUUCUCCAAUCAAAUGAUUUCUUGGAAAUGAAUUUUGAGAUACUGCAAAAAUGCAUAGAAGCUGAUGAGUUGAACGUACCAGAUGAAGAAUCUGUGUUGAAAGCUGUCUUUUGGUGGAUGAAACAUGACUUAGAAACAAGGCAUAAAUAUCUUCCUCAUUUGAUGAAAAAGAUCAGGUUACAUCAGUUACCUGAAAAGACAUUGCAAGAUAUUUUGCACUCUGAGGAACAGUUACUUAAAACCACAAAUUGCUUAGCGGUAAUCAAGGAAGCAAUUCAAAAUGUACAGUGUUUCAGUGGGCUUUUCCCAGAUCCCCGCCCAUCAACUACCGAAAAAUACAUACUGGUUCAUAAAACUGGAGAAAAUAAAGUUAAACAUACAUUUUGCUAUAAUAUUAAAACUGAUCAGUGGAAAGAACUGAUACAAAUAAAUAUAUUCGAUCUACCUGGAUCAAGUUUAUCUAGUUAUGGUGAAAAAAUAUUCAUAACUGGUGGGUGUAAAGGUAACUGUUUCCGGACUAUUAGACUUCAUAUUGGUGAAACGUUUCACGAUGCCACAGAUCAAACUUGGUGUUAUUGCCCAGCAAAUGAUAGCUUCUCAUUAGUAUCUGCCAUGAAGAAGCCAAGGACAAUGCAUACAUCUGUUGUGAUUUUAAAUUGUUUGUAUGUAAUAGGAGGGAAGACGAGGGCAUCUCAGUAUAUCAAAAGCCUUUUGGAUGUUGAAGCAUAUAAUCCCCUUACUAGAGAGUGGAAAUCUAUGAGUCCAUUACCAAGGGGCAUCUACUAUCCAGAAGCAAGUGCCUGUCACAGUGUAAUAUACGUGCUUGGUUCUGAAAUUGAAGUCGCAGAUGCCUUUAAUCCAUCUCUUGAUUGCUUUUUUAAAUAUAAUGCUGUAACAGAUCAGUGGUCUGAGUUAGUAGCAGAAUUUGGGCAAUUCUUUCAUGCGACCUUAAUCAAAGCUAUUCCAGUGAACUGUACCUUAUACAUUUGUGAUCUUUCCACUUACAAAGUUUAUAGCUUUUGUCCAGAAACCUGUGUCUGGAAAGGAGAAGGCUCUUUUGAGUGUGCUGGUUUUAAUGCAGGGGCAGUUGGAAUACAAGAUAAAAUAUACAUUCUGGGUGGAGAUUAUGCUCCUGAUGAAAUAACUGAUGAAGUACAGGUCUAUCAUAGUAGUAGAUCUGAAUGGGAAGAAGUUGCACCUAUGCCAAAGGCCCUUACUGAGUUUCAUUGUCAGGUGAUUCAGUUUAAUAAAUUCAGGGAUCCAUGGUGUCAAAAGCAAUGUGAUACAAAUGAUUAUACAUAAGAAUCUAAUUUCUCAAAUGUAUUUGCUCCUUGUUUAUUUUGCCGCCUAUCUUAGCCAUUGUGAUUUUAAGAUAACCAAAUAUUAGGAUGUCAAUCUACCAAAACAUAUUUCAUUUUCAUAGAAUGGGGAUUGGUAAUUCCUCUGUAGUUAAUGUGUUAAGACACAUCUUUUGAGUGUGGUUGGCCUGUGUUUAAUAGUAAUUUAUUAAUAAAUUAUUGAAUUUAUAUGCCAACAUAGCUGGCUACUUUUGACCUUGAGAGCACUUUCUAAAAUAAUGGGGGGGGGGGAGAGAUUUAAAAAUUACACUAGACAACUUGUAAUUAUCCCAAGUUCUAUAAAUUUAUUUAAAAUGGCAUCCAUAAGGUGAAUACAUUUUAGAUUACUAAUUUCAGGAAUUAAAAAAUCAAUAUUAUGGUAUAAAAGUGCACAUGUAUGUGUUUGUGUAUUAAUGAUUCAGACUCUUAUUAGUGGGAAAAAACCUUACACCCUUUAACAUACAAAUUCAGGAGUUGUAUUCCAUGCAUCACAUACUUUUCCUUUCUUUGCAGCUAUAAAACUGCAUUUUUUCCAAAUAAAAUCACAACUGUUAAUAUAUUUCAUACCCUGUUUUUUUUUAACUUUCUGUUUACAUUAAUAACUUCUGCAGCAAUUUCCUAUUGAGGCAGCAGUCAUAAUUUGAAAACCCAUCUCAGAUUUUUAAUCCCAGAGUUUAUUCCUUAAUGAAUAUGCACUUGAAGGAUUUUUCAUGUUAAAUUAAAGAAGAAAAUUCAAUUUUGGUGCAAAAGAAACACUGAUUUAUUACAAGUUCUUUCCUAUGUACCACUAAGUUGUUUUUCCAAUAUAAUCAAGGCAGGAAUAUUUCAUAAUAAUUGUAAUUACUGAAUUUCAACAUAUUUUCUCUUUUAUUGCUAUCAAAUACUGUUAAAGUUUCACUAAAUCAUUGCUGUUUAUUUCAAAUAUUAGUAUAAAUUACAGUUCAAUUUCUUUCAGGGAAAGUGAUUGAAUAAUUGAACUUUAUUUUUAUCCUAUAUGCUAGGUCAUUCUUCCUUAAAUUAUAUAGUCAUUAUAACAUGAACCAUGGAUUGUCAAUUCUCCAUGCUGCUCAUGUACUGUUCAUUCCAUCUGCUGAAAAUAAGUAGGAUUAUACCAUACAUUGUAUAAAGGAGAAAUAUCAUUUGUUCUUGGACUCCUUAUUCUUAUAUGUGAUCUUGAAUAAGUGCUGUUGACUCCUGUUGGAUAUACUUCUGAGAAAACAUCUUUCAAGGAAUCAAGCACAACAAAAUAAUUUAGGAAUCAAGAUAGAAACCAUAAGAAUGUGAUAAUAAGGAGUGUUAUAUUAAAUAGCUCCCUAGAAUUUGGAUUUGUCACAUAGGUUAUUUGGUGUUUUUUUCCCAUGACAUCAAAAAAGACUGGAAAAUUUUACCAGUUUUAAAGCAGUAGUUAAAUAGUAGUGGAAUUAUAGCUCAAAAGGACAAAAACAAGGUGACAUAUUUUGCACAAGCAAUUGGUCUUGAUGGCUAUAGUAUAUGCUAAUGAAUUGCAUGUGAAUAAAUAUCUUAUUUGCACUAAGAAUAUAUAACCAUAUAUCAAUUAUACAAUUAUUGUAUGAUCAAUAAAGAUAUGGCAUGAUGUAAUGAAUAUUAGUGUAAAGUAUAUAGCUUCUUGAGUAAUCUACUACCAUAAUCAAUCAGUAUCAGCAUUCAAAUGUAACAUUCAAAUGUAAUUAUUUUACGUAUUACUUUAUACCCGAAGUGGCCCCCAACUUUUUGGGCACCAGGGACCUGUUCCACGGAGAUAUGUUUUUCCACAGACUGUGUGUGUGUGAGAGAGAGAGACACUGAGAGAUAUUUUGUGUGCUGCCUGCAUCCCACAGAGAGGGUUUCUGGCAUGCCACAGACGGAUGCAAGUCUACAGACUGGGGCGUUACGACCCCUGCUUUAUACUGCUGAAGCAAAUAUAACCAGAAAAUGAAACAAAUGAUGAGCCAAAGCCUGUUUUGUAACUCUACUAUGUGAGCAAAUAAUAUCCUAACAAAGCAAAAUGACAACAUGGAUUUUACUAUUUUAAAAAUCUUGAAUAACUAAUAUUUAAAAAGAAAAUAUCUAUUGUUGAAUGUGACAUAGCAAUUUUUUUGUACAUAAAAAUGGUUAAUAGUUAUAAUCUCCAUUGAAGUAG